CGGAUAUCCGAGUCUUUUGCCACACAAAUCUAGACAACAAAAAUGCACGUCCACACAUGUACAAUUAACUUGUGAGUUGUGACAAAUGGACAAUGACAAGGAAACAUAACAGGUUGAUGCAACGGUAUGAUGGGACAGGGAGAGAUUGACAGUUUCCAUUAUUGCUGCAAGCCUGCAACUCUGAAAUUUCUGGCAAAUUCUUCAUAUCUCUCCUCUCAUUUCCAGCAGCCUAACCUAGACCUAGAGAGAGUAAUGGCGGAGAACGGCGUUCAGCAACACCUGUUACAUGACGGCGACCGUUCUAAGAUGCCGCCGCCGGGAAGGGCGAGAAGGUUCCGGCGCUGCCAGACGGCGCCAUCUCACAACGUCGAGCAAGGAUCCAUUCUCCAGAGGCAGCACAUGAGCCGGAAGGGCGCCAGCGGCACAUUGCCACCGGUGCCGCCAAAGGGGCUGCUCACCAGUGCGCGGCCGAGGUUCUGGCUCGUCGGCAUCCUCCUGCUCGCCUACCUCCUCGCCGGGACCGCCGCGUUCUACCUCGCCAUGGACGACAUGUCCGGCGAACGCAGCGGCAACCGCGCGCUGGACGCACUCUACUUCUGCGUGGUCACAAUGACCACCGUCGGGUACGGCGACAUCGUCCCGUCCAGCGACGUUGCCAAGCUGCUGGCCUGCAUCUUCGCCUUCGCCGGCGUGGCCCUGGUCGGAGCCUUCCUUAGCAAGGCCGCCGACUACCUUGUGGAGAAGCAGGAGGCGCUCGUCUUCCGGGCGGUGCACCUGAACCACGCCGACGACCCCAAGUCACUGCGGGACAUGGAGGCCAACAAGGUCCGUUACAAGCUCUACACCGCCACCGGCCUCCUUGCCGUAGUCCUCGCGUCCGGGAUGGCGUUCCUGACGAAGGUCGAAGGGAUGCGCCCCGUGGACGCCUUCUACUGUGUGUGCGCGACGGUAACCACGCUUGGGUACGGCGACCGGAGCUUCUCGUCGACGGCCGGCCGCGCGUUCGCGGCUGCGUGGAUCACCGUGAGCACGUUGGUGGUUGCGCUCUUCUUCCUGUACGCGGCGGAGCUGGCCUCGGAGCGGCGGCAGAGGGCGCUGGCGCAUUGGGUGCUCAGUCGGCGGACUACCAGCAUGGACCUCGAGGCGGCGGACCUCGACGGCGACAAUAAGGUCAGCGCCGCAGAGUUUGCGUUGUACAAGCUCAAGGAGCUGGGGAAGAUCAGACAGGAGGAGAUCGCAGAGUUCCUUGAAGAGUUCGAGGAGCUCGACGUUGACCACUGUGGCACCCUCUCGUCGCACGACCUGGCCGUCGCACAGCUCGGAUAGACCGGCAAUCACCGGGAGGCGGGGAGCCACUAACACGCAGCAGGGUUCCGUGGCCAGGUGCGCUCCUUCCGCAGGAUAAGCUCUGCGCUCAAUUUUCAGAUGGGCUGCCAUUUGUAUAGGCCGUAUUGUUGGGCCGAUCAGGCUUCUUUACAAUCUCUUGUUGAAUGAUCAUUUAAUAACCGUAGUACUGAAGUACUUGUAAGAAAGUAGUGAAUAUACUUUCAACUGUUCUGCAUUGGAUGACAUUUUUGAAACAUUUUA